CACAGAACCUGUGAAGUGUAAUUCAGAGAAGCAAAAAGAGCUCAGCCAAGAUGGCAGGUUUCAAAGUUCUUAGCGCUGAUCUUCAACUUGAUGCUAACAAGUCAGCUCACAAUACUAGCGCCUACAUCAGCAGGGAACUUAUUGUCCGCAGGGCAAAGGCAUUUGGCAUAGGGCUAAAUUUCAACACCUCAGUGAAUGCUGAAGACCGUCUGCAGUUCACCGCUGGUCUUAUCACAUCGAGCGCAAGUGUCUCUCUCCUGGAGUUUAAUUUCUCCGAUUCCAGAUACCCAGCUAUCAACAGUUGGGGAGCCCAGAGAGUGGCAACUGGUCGUAACUCAGUCACUGUAAAUUUCUUUACACCACCGGAUGCUGUAAUUGGUCGUUAUUUUCUAUCACUACUGACAAGUGAAGGCCGAACGCGUUUUGCUUCCUUUGUACUCCUCUUCAACCCAUGGGCACAAGCUGAUGUUGUUUACCUAUCUGAUGAUGCAGAAAGGCAAGAAUAUGUUCUAUCAGAAUUUGGUCUCAUCUACUUGGCAAGCAAUCCCAAUCCUAUAGCCUGGAACUUUGGUCAGUUUCAAGAGAAUAUUCUCAAUGUAAGCCUUGCUCUCCUGGAUUCAACGUCAAGUUUCCGCAGUAAUGCAGCAGAAGAUGUGAGAAAGCGCAACAAUCCAGUCCAUGUUUGCAGGGUCUUGAGCUCCAUUCUCAAUAGUAUGAAUAACAAUGGUGUUAUAGAAGGUAACUGGAGUGGAGAGUAUUUUGAUGGAACAGACCCCUACGUUUGGAAUGGAAGCACCGAAAUCUUGAGAAGCUGGUAUGGCCAAAGACAGCCAGUGAAGUACGGACAAUGUUGGGUGUUUGCUGGAACCUCCUGCACAGUCAGCAGAUCCCUUGGAUUACCCUGCCGGGUAAUUACUAAUUACCAAUCAGCACAUGACACAGACCACAACCUAAGCAUUGAACAAUAUUUCAACACCAGGGGAGAAGCAGUGCCAAGGAGUGAAGAUAGUAUCUGGAAUUUCCAUUGCUGGAAUGAAAGCUGGUUUCUACGGUUAGAUCUGGGAGACUUCUACAGUGGAUGGCAGGUUUGGGAUUCAACGCCACAGGAAAAGAGUGAUGGACUUUACCAGCUUGGGCCCACUUCCCAACGUGCAGUAAAAGAAGGAGAAGUGGACCUGCUGUUCGAUACCCCCUUUGUGUUAGCAGAGGUGGAUGCCGAUGUUAUCAUUUAUAUUGUGCAAGAUGAUGGAACAGUCACAAAAGCAGGAAAACGUGAAAAUGAUGUCGGUCAGCUGAUCUGCACCAAGGCUGUGGGUCAAAAAGCAAUGAACGACGUUACUCUGGAAUACAAGUAUAAAGAUGGCUCAUCUAAAGAGAGAGAAACGUAUGAAAAGGCUCGGAGCAAGAUAAGAGGUUCUGAAUUUGAAGCUAUGUCACGUGCUCUAGUCUCCUCCCCACCUCCCCCAGAGGUUACUGGGACAAUUACUGUUGCUGGAACACCUACAGUUGGAGAUGAUAUCAAUGUGACUCUAACUCUAAAGAACAUGACUUCGGAUAACAAAACGGUUACCGUGAACCUGAGUGCGGCAGCUAUUGUGUACAACCAUGCCGUGAGAAAGCCAAUUCUUAGCAAUUCUGCAGCUGUUCAGCUAGGGCCAAAUGAAGCAAAGGGAGUGCCAGUACAGAUCAAAUAUUCACAGUAUGAAAAGCAACUGACCAGUGACAAGAUGAUCUAUGUUACUGCUGUGUACAAGGUUGAAGGAAAGCCAGAGAAGUUUGUGGAAGCAAAUAUUGUCCUACUGAAUCCAACUCUGCAAGUCAAGGCUCUUAAAACAGCUAUCUUUGAUAGUCCAAUGGUGGUAGAAGUCACAUUUAAAAACCCUUUAUCAACACCUAUCACAGGCUGUGUCCUUAAGGUUGAAGGCAGUGGUUUAACAAAGGAUGUUAUAGAGAAAAACAUGGGGCAAUUGGAACCAGGCCAAAAGACCAGUGUAAAAGUUGAAUUUAUUCCAUACAUGGUUGGUGAUAAGGAGCUACUGGUCAAUCUCGCAUGUGACAAGUUCAAAGACAUCAAGGGCCACCUCAGCAUAAAAGUGCAAAGUUCCUCCAGUCGCCUUCGUGCAUGUUGUUUCUAGCUGUGCUCCAGAUGUAACUGGGGCUAGUAUGCUCCCCAGCUUUACUAUAUACAUUGUAGUAGAAAAUAAAUUCUUUCUGCCCAGUGCAGUAACAUUUAA